GAUUUCCAAACCAAAAAAAUUCCAAUCUAAACAAACCCAUACCUCACAAAAAAAAAAAAAUAGCUUCGAAGAGAAACCUACGAGAAAGUAAAAAAAAAGAAGAAGAACAAAUUCAAGGAAAGAAGAAAUAAUGCUGGAAAGUAAAGAUCCAGCGAUUAAGCUCUUCGGUAUGAAAAUCCCUUUUCCGACAGUUUUAGAGGUAGCUGAUGAAGACGCAAAGAACCAAAACGAGGCAUUAACAGAUCAAUCGGAGAAAGACAAAACCCUAAAAAAACCGACCAAGAUUCUUCCAUGUCCGAGAUGCAAUAGCAUGGAGACAAAGUUCUGUUAUUACAACAACUACAACGUAAACCAACCCCGCCAUUUCUGUAAAGCUUGUCAGAGAUAUUGGACCUCUGGUGGGACCAUGAGAAGUGUUCCCAUCGGCGCCGGACGACGUAAGAGCAAGAAUAACUCAACGUCAUCACCUUCACAUUACCACCACGUGACCAUCUCGGAAACAAAUGGUCCAGUCCUUAGUUUCAGCCUCGGAGACGAUCAAAAGGUCUCGAAUCAUAUGUUCGGGAGUCCAAAGCUAAUGUCUAGGAUACAGAACAGUGACGAGUCCUCUAAUAACAGUACUUCGAACGGUCUGGAUAAUUGCUUUCCGGGAGCUUCGUGGCCUUACGCGUGGAACCCCGGUUUUUACCCGGUUUACCCUUAUUGGAACAUUCCAACAUUGUCAUCUCCGGUUAAUUCUAGUCCUAACUCUACACUUGGUAAGCAUUUGAGAGACGAAGACGAGACGAUGAAGCCAAAGCAGAAGAAUGGAUCUGUGUUGGUUCCUAAGACUUUGAGAAUUGAUGAUCCUAAUGAAGCCGCAAAGAGUUCUAUAUGGACAACACUUGGAAUCAAGAACGACGUUCUGUUCAAAGGGUUUGACUCGAAGAAAGAGGUUAAGAAUAUUAGCAAAGAAGAAACAGAGACUUCUCUUGUUCUUUGUGCAAACCCAGCUGCGUUAUCAAGAUCACUCAAUUUCCAUGAACAGAUGUGAUUGUAUAUGUAUACAUACGAUAUAUAUACAUAUACGUAUAUGUCAUGUAUGAGUAGAUGUGGUUAGAUCUGUCUUUUUCCUUCUUUCCUCGUGGCUUACACGAGGCUUUAUAGCUUUUGUACCAUACACUUUUUUAGCCUUUUAAGUUUGAUUUUUGUUAUAAGAUUACAUAA